GAUGACGUGACGUUUACGAAAGUGGCUGAACUGAACAGAGCGCUAGGUACAACAAGUGGACGGUAAUGGCGGAUGGUUGGUGUUUCGCGUCUCGUAGUACUAUUUAUAACCUAAAAUAUAGUACAAGUUUUCGGCGAUAUGUGCGCUAACGUUUCUUGGUUGUGUGGAUUGGUGCCGUUAAAUUUCACAAUUGUGCCAAUGACGUACGAACGCUACAUCGACUGAAAGUAUACUACUCUAAAUGAUAAUCAGUGAAAUGAUAUUGCACACAAAAUUUUGACAUUCACACUGCCGAGAUUUCGUAUUCGUUGCAAGUAGAGAAUGGUGCAUGCUGAACAUCGUCAAGUAAGCUGAAAGUGGACACAAGUGUGUAACUAACAAUGCAUGCAGUGUACAUAGUGUAGUACGGACAACAAAAUAAAUUCCCUGAGGGCUAUGCACACUUGGUCUUGAAAAUGACAGAAAGACGGAAGAAAAAAUCACAUAAUGGAUUCCUUCGGAAAGUGUCAUCCUUGUUUAAUCUUGAUACGGCUCACGUCACAUCACCAGAAAUGAAGCAGCCUUUGCAGGUAAAUGGCAUAGAAGGUGGUGGCACAGACCGUACGCAGGGUGAGGAUGGGUACAUAUACAUGACGGUGGUACUCUCGCGUGCGGGAGGAGCGGGGCUUGGCUUCAGCAUUGCAGGAGGGUCGGACAACCCUCAUGUGGCUGAUGACCCACACAUCUAUGUCACAAAACUCAUUCCCGGAGGAGCGGCUGCUGCCAGUCAGCUGCAGAUCAAUGAUGCAAUAUUACAGGUGAAUGAAACUAACGUCGAUAACGUUACGCAUGCUGAAGCGGUGGAUGCAUUGAAAAAAGCUGGCAAUACAGUGAGACUGAAAAUACGACGUCGCGCGACAGAAGAUACUUCUAAUGUUUUACAAGUAACGAAGCCCGAGGAAUCCGUAGAGAUCGAGUUAGUGAAAGGUGGCUCAGGUCUCGGGUUCAGUAUAGCGGGGGGUCUCGGCAAUCAACAUAUCCCAGGCGACAAUGGAAUCUACGUGACCAAGAUAAUGGCCGGUGGUGCUGCUCAUAGAGACGGCCGUUUGAGGGUCGGUGAUAAACUCCUAAUGGUCAAGAACACUUCGCACGGCGACGUGAACCUGGACAACGUGACGCACGAGGACGCGGUGGCGGCGCUGAAGGCCACCGGCGAGCGCGUGCUGCUGGUGCUGGUGCCGGGCCCGCGCCACGGCCAGCCCUCCCCGCGCACCUCGCGCGCCAACACGCCCACGAGAAUGACAAUUGAAAAUACUGAAACAGCGUCAAGCACAGCAAAUUCGCUGCGACGUGAAGAUGUGACGGACAGCAAUGAGGAGUCGAGGGUGGUGGAGCUGGAGAAGGGUCCGCAGGGGUUAGGGUUCAACAUAGUGGGUGGUGAGGACGGCCAUGGCAUUUACGUAUCGUUCCUACUGGCGGGAGGCCCGGCCGAGCGCUCGGGACAGCUUCGCCGCGGAGACAGACUGCUCGCAGUCAAUGACGUAGACAUUACUCACGCUACGCACGAACAAGCCGCUAAAGCUUUGAAGAGUACGGGACAGAAUGUAAAAUUAACAGUGGUGUACAGGCCUCAGGAAUACAACAAGUUUGAAGCGCGUAUUAAUGAACUGAAACAACAUCAUACACUACUGAGAACAUCCCAAAAACGAUCCCUCUAUGUUAGAGCAUUGUUUGACUACGAUCCCAUAAGGGACGAUGGUUUGCCGUCGAGAGGUCUACCGUUCAGGUACGGCGACAUCUUACACGUGACCAACGCUUCGGACGACGAGUGGUGGCAAGCCAGACGGCUUGACAAGUCGGAUUCAGACGCGAUAGGCAUCAUCCCAUCGAAGCGACGGUGGGAACGUAAGCAGAGAGCUCGGGAUCGCCAAGUCAAGUUCCAGGGACAAGGCACACCAGUUAGCACUAGCCAAUCAACGCUCGAAAGGAAAAAGAAAACGUUGUCGUUCAGCAGAAAGUUCCCAUUCAUGAAGAGUCGAGAGGACGGCAAAUCUGAAGACGGUUCAGACCAAGAACCUUUCAUGCUUUGUUACACGCAGGAGGACGCUAACGCGGACGGUCAAGAUGAAACGGUGCUAUCGUAUGAGACCGUACAACAGUUGACCAUAAGUUACACGCGGCCCGUCAUAAUCCUGGGCCCACUCAAGGACAGGAUAAACGACGAUCUUAUAUCUGAGUUCCCUGAGAAAUUCGGCAGCUGUGUGCCUCAUACAACCCGUCCUCGACGCGAUUACGAGGUGGACGGUCGCGACUACCACUUCGUAGCAAGCCGGGAGCAAAUGGAGCGCGACAUACAGAACCACUUGUUUAUCGAAGCCGGACAGUACAACGACAACCUGUACGGUACCUCCGUCGCAUCCGUCAGAGAAGUCGCUGAAAAGGGUAAACAUUGCAUUUUGGAUGUAAGCGGCAAUGCAAUCAAGCGAUUACAAGUGGCGCAGCUGUACCCUAUUGCCAUAUUUAUAAAACCAAAGAGCAUAGAGUCUAUAAUGGAAAUGAAUAAACGAAUGACUGAAGAACAAGCGAAGAAGACAUACGAACGUGCGCUAAAAAUGGAACAAGAAUUCGCUGAAUAUUUCACCGCGGUAGUGACGGGCGACACGCCGGAGGAGAUCUACGCCAAGGUGAAGGCGGUGAUCACGGCGGAGAGCGGGCCCGCCGUCUGGGUGCCGCGCCGCGAGCCGCUGUGAACCCCUCCCCCCCACUAGUGCCUCGGUGCCUCGCUCCCUUCCCCCCAGGUGCGGCUCACACGUUUUGUACCAAGUCCCGUGCCCCGCGCGAUCCAGCAAUAAGCAGUAGUGACCCGCGCCACCCGCCAUGUUAUACGUACGCUAAGCGUACGAUUUUCGCGUCUUUUUAGAAUUACGAUCAGACUUUCUUCAAUCACCGCUUGAUAGAUAGACCAUAUCGGAGUUAAUUUAGCGUUAAUGAGAUUUCUAAAGUUAAUGUAAAUUGUCACCAUGUGGAUAAAUUGUUGACCAAGAACUCGCUAAUGAUAGCAUUCACUGUUGUUCACUGUACUUACGCUUAUGUUUAUCGUGCAAAUUAUUAACGAGAACGUGUCGUCGAAUGCAAGUUUUAUAUCGAAUUAUUAUUUAAUUAUUUGACAAUGCCCACUAAUUGUGCUUCAAUUAACUGUAUAGUUAUUGUAUAUUUAAUAACAUUUUAAAAUGGUAUUAUACAUUUUAAUUUACUCAGGUUGCUAGAUACAAUUGGAAUUUUUCAGUGUUAAGAGUUUAAUAUAAUACAUUACUCAGAUAGUGGAUUAACGUAUGAGACGAGUCACGUGCACAGUUGAUGUUGACCGCCGACCGCUACAUAAAGUGUAUACCUACUAGUUAUGAUAGUUUCGCUGUGUAGUUGAACCCACCUCACGCAUGGCUAGUGUAAGACGUACAUAAUCAGGAUUAUUUGCUCAAGCGGCAAUCUAUAUCGUAUCGUAACCAUUGAAUCUCAUGACAUUUCUGUACACCGUUGUCCUCCUUGACACUUAGACGAGGUGCAAAGUUGUUUGUUGAUCAUUUUUAUAGUAAGCAAUUGUGUUAUAUGGUGUGAAAUGUCUCACCAAUUUAAUAGUGUUUGACAUUUAUUUAUUGAGAAUUUUAUUUUCUUACGGAAUAAUUGAUGCUCAUCUGCAAAUAUGGCACUAGAAGCGAGCAUGUAAUUAAGUUGCAAUAUACUCGUUACGUCUUAGUGUAUGCAUUGCUGAAAUUGUGCCCUUAAUAACAAAGUAAUAAUUACCCUGAGUAUUAUGUAUUUACAUUAGUAUAAAAAACGAUGCAUAUACUUUUAAAUAUUAAAAAAAACGUGGUACUUAAAUAUUUUAUUAAUAUGUUUCAAAUGUAAUGCGAAUGUUGAAGUAUUAAUUAAUUAACUCAUACAUGACAAAUGCUAAUGACGGUUAUUACAAAAUAUUUUAAACUUUGGACUCAGAAAGGCAUUACGGCAAACUUAGUUGGUGUAGGUACUAUUAGUAGGAAAGAACUGUUAAAUUGUUGAAUCCACCAAAGAGAUUUGACACUGUUUAUAUUAGCAAUAUUUGGCCAAGCACUAUUUACACGACGUUGAUUACACCCCUGUUUGUCGUGGUUCCUUUUUACGAUUUUGUUGUGUAAUGUAAAUAAUAAUAAUAAUAGACAUUUUAAUUUAUUUUUAAGAUUCUAUAUCAUGUAUUAACACCAUAGUCACGAAAAUGGUUUAUUUUUAAAGCUAUUUAUUUUAUCAUUUAUAAGUAGGUAUUUUAUUUAAUAAUAAAUUGAGUUUGUGCAAAUUAAGUGUAUAAUGUCUUUUUAACAUGUAGUUUAUAACAUUUUAAUCCACAUCCAUAUUUGCAGAUGUACAAUGUUUAUGAGUUAGUGAUGUUCAAUAGAAUAGUUUGAAUAAAAUUAUUUACGUUGAAAAUU